UAUUUUAAUGAUCUAAGUGGCGGUGAGCGUAACCAUUUUAGAUUCUAGAUGUACUACCCAGUGUGCUUUGGGUGUGGAUUGGUGUGGAUGGGAAGAGAAUAUUGUGUUACAAUGGGUGUUACCACAAUUUAAAGGCUUUAAUGACGUCUGAGUUGUAUUUCAAGUGGAAUGUAGCUGAUGUGACGAAGGUGAUGAAGAUGAGCGGUUAAUACCCGAGGGCACUGAGUUCACAAGCCCGGAGUUCAGUGAGAAGUGUUAAAUCAAGUGAGAAAGUGAAGCUGGAUGCUGACGUAAUAGAGGAUAUUUCAACUGGACACAUAAACGAGGGCGGCCCAUUCACUAAUGAGCGUACAUCGUACCAUUUCUUCGAGUGUUAGUACUAUGAACUGGCAUAUUUCAAAACAGAAUAGCUACAGAACAGUAUAUUUCAUGGAAAUCAUUUACGAAUUUCGUAUCUGAUUUUGAAUUUCUUUGUUUCCUGUGUGGACAUAUUUGUAUGUAAAUGGUAUCUGACGUUUAAAAGGAAGAUUUAUUGGGCGGUGCAAGUUCCUAUCGUACGUUCCCAAAUAUCAAAUGCAGUUGGUUGCAGUGGAAUGUGGUAGACAGCAUAUCAUAAUGCUGAAAAUGUUGAUAUGCCAUACUAGAGAAUUGGACUUAAUGUUGUGAACAUUCAUUUCAUAUGUCUUUUAUUUCUCUUGCCAAACUGAAAAUAAGGAGAGUUUUACAGGAAAAGACACCUGAUAUGCUGCAGUAUACAGGUCAACCUGAGCUACAUCAAGGCAACUCUUAUUCAUUAGAUGUGCCAUAUCACCCCACCAAUGGCCACCAGGACAAUCACUCGCCUAAUUCAUCUCACCUUUCUGUUCAAAGCGGUGAUGCUGCCACCCUCGUGUCUCGUACACAAAAGCAACAAACUACUCAGCAGGUGACUACUCUGACUAAAGUUGUUCGGGAAGUGCAUCAUGUUGGAGCUGAUGGGCAACCGGUUGACUACGUGAGCCAUUCAGGGCUGCCCUACACAGGGGCAGGGGUGCUGCCAACAUCUGCUGCACCUACUUACCCACACACACAGUUUUCUAAUUAUGAAUUAAUGGCUGGACAAGAGGCAUAUCCCCCUAUGGAUCCAGCUCGAAGAUAUCCAGAAACAUACCAUCCAAACUACCAAGACUAUGAGCAAUACCCCCCACAACCUGAAUAUCCUUAUCAAAAUCCUCCCUACCCAGGAACAUUUCCAGCCUAUAGUGAUGCAUCCAACUAUGCAGAGCAGCCUGCGUAUGGAGAGAGACCUCCCACUCCUCCAAGUCCCAGCGAAAGAAGCGAGUCCCCACCUCUGCAACAAGCCCUGCAACAUGAUUAUUUACAAAAAGGUGCACCCUUCGCUCAACCGGGGUUUGAUGAACUGGAUUCAACUUUAAUUCCUCCUCGGCAAGAACAUUAUCGAAUAACUCCAUCUCCAGGAGCACCUGUGGAUCGAUAUGGUGAUGAGUCAAAACUAGUGUACGGUUAUGCACCUCCAUCUCCCUAUGGUACUGUGCCAGCUGCAUAUGGCACAAAUGGGGCUGAUCCUCGGACAUUUGAGGAAAACGGCCCUCCAACUCGAACCAUUUUCGAAGAUGAAGAAGAACUGCGGAAGCAUCUGUCCAUGCACCCAGCCAUCCCCUCACCAUCUGUAGAUGAUGAACAGCGGGGAAUGAGAUGGAGAGAUCCAAAUUUGACUGAAGUGAUAGGCUUUUUAAACAAUCCUAACAAUGUUAUCAAAGCAAAUGCAGCUGCAUACUUGCAACACCUAUGUUAUAUGGAUGACCCCAACAAGCAGAAGACCCGCUCCCUUGGGGGCAUCCCCCCUCUGGUUAUGCUGCUGAGUCACGAGAGUCCAGAUGUCUACAGAAACGCUUGUGGUGCGCUGAGAAACUUAUCAUAUGGUCGACAAAAUGACGAAAACAAGAGAGCUAUAAAGAAUGCUGGAGGCAUCCCCUCGCUCAUCAAUCUCCUCCAGAAAUCCUCUGAUUCAGAAGUAAAGGAAUUGGUGACAGGUGUUCUUUGGAAUCUUUCAUCUUGUGAGGAUCUAAAACGGUCCAUCAUAGAUGAUGGGUUGACAGUAGUAGUUAAUCAUAUUAUUAUUCCCCAUUCUGGAUGGGAUUCCACUUCAUCAGGAGAAACUUGCUGGUCAACAAUUUUUCGAAACGCUUCAGGUGUUCUAAGAAAUGUGAGUUCUGCAGGAGAGUAUGCGAGAAAAAAGCUGCGAGAGUGUGAAGGCCUAGUGGACUCACUGCUUUAUGUUGUUCGUUCAGCAAUAGAAAAAUCGAAUAUUGGUAACAAGAGUGUGGAAAAUUGCGUAUGUGUUCUGAGGAAUUUGUCCUACCGAUGCCAAGAAGUGGAGGAUCCACACUAUGACAAGCAUCCACUGCCCACGCAGAGCAGAGUGGGAGCUCAGCACAAAGGGGAUAAUUUGGGCUGCUUUGGGGCCAGUAAAAAGAAGAAGGAUGCGCAGCCUGUGCAGCACAAAGAAACAGCAAGUGGCAGCCGGAGCGCUGGACAGCGUAUGGAGCCCGCCAAGGGCAUGGAGCUGCUCUGGCAGCCAGAG